UCUUUUAUAUACAGGUUUCCUAGUCAUGUUAGUCCUCUUAGCUUGAAUUUGUUUUGAACUCUUAACCCCUACACCAUUGGCAAGGGUUUGCAUGUGGAACACAACAUAUACCUAUUAAAAUUUGGACCAAGAAAAACAAAUAAUGGAUAAUAGUGUUCAAAUUUGAACCAAAAAAAAAAAAAAAAACUGUCCUGUUCCGUCCAUGCGUUACCAAACGCAGAACGGAACAUGGGUAUUUUAGUCAUUUUAAUCUUUUGGUUCCAUUCCGUCCAUGCGCUACCAAACGCAGAACGGAACAACUGGCCUGUUCCGUCCUGCGCGUACCAAACACAACACAGAACAUCCGUCCCGUCCCGUUUCGUCUCGUCCCGUCUGCGUACCAAACGCUACCUUGAUGCACCAAAAAUAAUUCAACAAAACGAAUUUUGAAUAAAUUUCAAUUUCAUCUCCGACUCAUUUCACCCCGUGAAACACAAUAUAAAAUUUUAAAACAAAAACACCCCUUAUCUUUUACAAUAUUUACAUCAUCCAAAUAAUAAAACAAACCCUAAAUCAUCUUCUUUCCAUCUCUGCCGCUGCCUUUUCCCGUAGCCGGAACCUCAUCCACCCUCAUCAUCCUCAUCCUUCCUCCUCAUCCUCAUCCUCUCCUCAUCCUCUCCCGUAGCCUUGCUCCUCAUCUUCUUUCCAUCCCUCCCGUCUGCACCCAUCCAGCAAGCAGCAGCACGGAGCCACUUCAUUGUGUGCGACUACGAUUGACCCAGGGUACACCCGUGUCUUGGUCGUCCCUUAGGGUACACCCGUGUCUUGGUCUUCCCUUAGGGAACUUUCUACCAAGUUGAGCUCCGUUCCUUCUUUAGACAUUCCCAAGGGCUGAAGAAGCCAAGAAUCACUGCUACUGAAAGUUUCCUAAAAUCCCAAAAAAAGUAUGGAAGGAUUAGAACUAUUGAAGGAACUGGCAGUACAAUGGAAGAAACAGGCAGAGCAAUGGUCGUCUCACGCCCUUCAAUACUUUCAUCAGGUUCCGCCCGAGCAGAUUUAUGCUGCUAUAGCGAUUUUGCUAUUCACCUCAUUCUUACUCUUGUUGGUAAGGUUGUUUAAACGCCCAAAAGCUAAUACCAUACUGCUGAGUGGGCUUAGUGGCAGUGGGAAGACUGUUCUUUUCUAUCAACUUCGGGAUGGCUCUUCACAUCAAGGUACUGUCACUUCCAUGGAACCAAAUGAUGGAUAUUUUGUGCUCCAUUCGGAAAAAUCAAAGGGUGGAAAGGCAAAUCCUGUUCAUCUUAUCGAUGUUCCUGGGCAUUCUCGCCUUAGAGCCCAACUAGAUGAUUUUCUGCCUCAAGCAGCUGGGAUAGUAUUUGUGGUUGAUGCUUUGGAGUUCUUACCUAAUUGCCGUGCUGCUUCUGAGUACCUAUAUGAUAUUUUGACUAAGGCGACUGUGGUGAGGAAGAAACUUCCAGUUCUUAUUCUCUGCAACAAGACAGACAAAGUAACAGCACAUAGCAAGGAAUUUAUUCGGAAACAACUGGAGAAAGAAAUUGAGAAGUUACGGGCAUCAAGAAGUGCAAUAUCAGCAGCUGAUAUUGCAAACGACUUUACCCUUGGAGUACCUGGCGAAGUAUUUUCGUUCUCUCAUUGCCAGAACAAAGUUACAGUUGCAGAAGCGUCUGGUCUAACGGGUGAAUAUUCUCAGGUGGAGCAGUUUGUGAGGGAGCAUGUGAAAUCUUAGGAUGUGUCAUCUCCCCCAUUUGAUGAAUUUGUGAUACUUUUUCUUUGAGGUUGGUUGAACAUUGUCUCUUGAUGAUUGAAAAAACUGACUAGAUGUGCAAAAUGGGUUCAACUUUUUUUCCAAGGAAAGUGAAGGGAGGAUGGAAGGAAUUCAACAACAGAAAGGAAGAGAGAGCAAUGACCAAAUAGAUUCUUGAGACGUAAUACCGACGACUGUUUAUGGUUGAUUUAUUGUGCUUAAAUUGAUUGAUUAUGAUGCACGGCUCAACUUGUGCUUAAAUUGUUUCGUUGAUUUUCAUACUGUAUUUGCACGUUGUCGAAAUCAGCUCAGCUCGUCGGAAAUACAGCAUAGUUUUGCCUUUGCUGUUGUUUCCGACCACCAUUUCACUGUUUCGGAUUUCCAAAGAGCCA